AUGGUGCUACAAGCGAAGACUAGUUUAGCACUAACAUACUCGCCGCAUUUUCCAUCAUCCUCUUCUCACCCCCCUCCUCAAAUCUUCAACUUCAAACUCAAACCCUCACCUCUCUCACUCACUCUCAGGCGCCGCCGAAUACCACCCACAGUGGCAUCCGCCGUCGAGGAAAAAAAUCAGCCUAGCUCCAAACCCGAACCCGAACCGGAAUCCGAACCCGAACCAGACUCCAAUGAGUCCGAUUUAGCAUCGGAAUUGAAGAAAGCGAUGCAAGAGAGAAAGGAGAAAGAAGGCGAUAAUUUCUGGAACGGAGUUGUUAACGAGAUCGGUGAAAUUGAGUGGCCUGAGUUUGGGAAGGUUUUGGGAACAACCGGUGUUGUUCUUAGUGUUAUCUUUGGUUCUAGCGUUGUUUUGCUCACUGUUAAUGCUGUUUUAGCUGAGCUUUCUGAUAAGGUUUUUGCAGGCAAAGGGAUUCAGGAUUUCUUCACCUGA